GUGAGCUGUAGAAUUUGUGGACGUGUUUAUAUCAGGUUCAUAGUGGCGCAAUGCACACAAACUCGUGCGAGAGUUCCCCUAAGUUCUUAGCGGACUGCUUUGCCUUUUGAAUCAGAGAGUUGCAAAGUUCGAUAAAGAAUGGCCCUUGUGGAUAAGCACAGAGUCAAGCGACAGCGAUUGGACAGAAUUUGUGAAGGUAUCCGCCCUCAGAUCAUGAACGGCCCCCUGCAUCCCCGCCCCCUAGUGGCACUGCUCGAUGGCAGAGACUGUACCGUGGAAAUGCCCAUCCUGAAGGAUCUGGCCACUGUGGCCUUCUGUGAUGCACAGUCCACUCAGGAAAUCCAUGAGAAGGUGUUGAAUGAGGCUGUGGGUGCCAUGAUGUACCACACUAUCACCCUCACCAGGGAAGACCUGGAGAAGUUCAAGGCUCUUCGUGUGAACGUGAGAAUUGGCAGUGGCUAUGACAACGUGGACAUCAAGGCUGCUGGUGAGCUCAGGAUUGCUGUUUGCAACAUCCCAUCUGCUGCAGUGGAGGAGACAGCCGAUUCCACUGUCUGCCACAUCCUCAGUCUGUAUCGGCGGAACACGUGGCUGUCCCAGGACCUACGAGAAGGCACAUGGGUUCAGAGCGUGGAACAGAUCCGUGAGGUUGCAUCAGGAGCUGCUCGGAUCCGAGGGGAAACACUGGGUCUCAUCGGUUUUGGUCGCACGGGGCAGGCAAUUGCAGUUCGAGCCAAGGCCUUUGGAUUCAGCGUCAUAUUUUAUGACCCCUACUUACAGGAUGGGAUAGAGCGGUCUCUGGGCGUGCAAAGGGUCUACAUCCUGCAAGACCUGCUGUAUCAGAGUAACUGUGUCUCCCUGUACUGCAAUCGGAAUGAGCAUAACCACCACCUCAUCAACGACUUCACUAUCAAGCAAAUGAGGCAAGGAGCAUUCCUUGUGAACGGUCUGGUAGAUGAGAAAGCCCUAGCUCAGGCCCUCAAAGAGGGAAGGAUACGAGGAGCAGCUCUCGAUGUGCACAAGUCUGAACCCUUCAGCUUUGCUCAGGGCCCAUUGAAAGAUGCACCAAAUCUCAUCUGCACACUGCACACAGCCUGGUACAGUGAACAAGCAUCACUACAGAUGAGGGAAGCAGCAGCUGCCACUGAGAUCCGCCGAGCAAUCACAGGUCGCAUCCCAGAAAGCCUGCGAAACUGUGUCAACAAGAAAGAAUUCUUCGUUACUUCAGCUCCGUGGUCAGUCAUCGACCAGCAAGCAAUUCAUCCCGAGCUCAACGGUGCCACAUACAGGUAUCCCCCAGGCAUUGUUGGGAUGGCUCCAGGAGGGCUUCCUGCAGCUAUGGAAGGGAUCAUCCCAGGAGGCAUCCCGGUGACUCACAACCUCCCCACAGUGGCACAUCCUUCCCAAGCUGAAGCUAGACGUUUCAGGUCCUCAGCUAUUUUAUUGAGUGGAAAGUCUUGGACAAGAAGGGUUCAAGAAGAAUAA